GCUGCGCAAUGACAACAGUAGAAUAGAAACACGUCCAGGACAAAGAGCCUUCAAGAAGGGAUACACAUUAAGCCACACGGGGAUUGUUUCCUGAUACAUUUUAAAUUUAUUUAACUCUACGACAUCGAGUGAGGAUGCCAUUUCUUGGACAGGACUGGAGGUCACCGGGUCAGAGUUGGGUUAAAACCGAGGAGGGAUGGAAAAAGACAACAACAGACGACAGAAACAACAACGUCUCCAUGGAGAGCUUCUGCAAAGCCAAACAGGAGGAAUGUUUCAACAAGGAGAACUUACUGCUUUCUCUUAGCUAUGACAUGGCUGCCAAGAAGAGGAAAAAAGAUCUAAUGAACAACAACACCAAGGUCCCCUAUUUCCACAGGGAAAAGUGGAUUUAUGUUCAUAAAGGAAGCACCAAGGAGCGCCACGGAUAUUGUACACUGGGAGAGGCCUUCAACCGCUUAGAUUUCUGCAGCGCCAUCAAAGACACAAGGAGAUUUAAUUACGUCGUUAGACUCCUGGAGCUUAUCGCCAAGUCCCAGCUCCCCUCGCUCAGUGGAGUGGCGCAGAAGAAUUACAUGAAUAUUCUGGAGAGAGUGGUACAGAAAGUCCUCGAUGACCAGCAGAACGUUCGUCCGAUCAAAGAGCUGCUGCAGACGCUGUACGUCUCGCUGUGCGGUCUUGUUCAGGACAUGGGCAAGUCCGUCCUGGUGGGGAACAUCAACAUCUGGGUGCACCGCAUGGAGAACAUCCUGCAGUGGCAGCAGCGGCUGGACAACAUCCAGAUCAACAGGCCAACAUCUACAGGCAUGACCCUGACUGACCUGCCUGCCAGCCUGCAGCUCAACAUUAUGCAGCGUCUGUCAGAUGGCAGGGACCUGGUCAGCCUGGGACAAGUGUGUCCUGAUCUAGGGGCCCUCACUGAGGACCGGUUGCUGUGGAAGAGACUCUGCCAGUACCACUUCACAGACAGGCAGAUCCGAAAGCGCCUGAUGGUGUCAGAUAAAGGUCACCUGGAGUGGAAGAAGAUGUACUUUAAGCUGAGCCGCUGUUAUCCUCACAGAGAACAAUACAGUGACACCCUGCACUUCUGCACACACUGCCACAUCCUUUUCUGGAAGGACACAAACCAUCCCUGCACAGCCAACAACCCAGAAAGUUGCACCAUGUCCCUUUCCCCUCAAGACUUUAUCAACCUUUUCAACUUCUGAUCCCCCCCUCAAAUCCGGAUGAACUGACUGUACAUACUGUACAUAGAAAUGUACAAUAUUGCUUUUGUUUAACCGCACAAUCAAUUCUUGGAUGUAUAUUUAGUUGAGGUAUGACUGGAGACAGAAUGGGACAAUUAUGCAAUCGAGUUUCUUUUGGAAGAGUACACAGGCUUCUGGCAGGGUUCACUAUUGAGAGCAAGCGAAUGUGACAGAGAGGGAAAGAAAUGUAGGAGCAGUUGUUGUGUUGAUGGAGGAGAGCAGAGGAAAAAGGGAACACUCAGCAGUCAGAGUUAAGUCUUAGUUUAAAAGUCACCCCCAAAUGAGCACACACACUUGACCAUAGCUGCGUGCACUUGUUUUUCCAAAUUUGGAGAUUUUGGUUUUGUUUAAAUUUUUUUGGUUUUCAAACCUUGCAAUGGUCCCUUUCAAAAUGGAAAGUAGGAAGAUUAUUUGAUUUGUUUAAAAUUGUUAUUUGUUCAGUAUAAAGUUACAAAGUCUGCUCACAUGGGGUAACUGUGUGUUUCAGAUGAAGUUUGCAGUAACAUUGAGUUUGGCACUGGGAUGGAGAGAAGUAAAUCUUGAGUCACUGCGGUACCUAAGAGAUAAUGAAUGUAAACAAGGGAGUCAGUGAUUAAACAUUAGACUGAGUGAUGAUUCUAUAAUAUGUUAACACACCACAAUAUCUUUUCUAUUUUGUUUUGUUCUUUUUCACUUUUAUAUGGAUUUGAUAUGAUUUAGUUUUUUUUUUUUUAUUAAUUGUGUGUUUGUUCUCUGCUGUGGCUGCUAUAGCAACAGCACUUGAGUGCAGUAUUACCAAAGAUUGUAACCAUAGUCAGCAUUACAAUGGUGUGUGCCUUAUCAUGAAACUUGAAACCGGUACAGCUUAAUCCUUGUUUGAAUUGUUUUUCAGAUCCUGAUGCUGUUUUUUUAAAAUCAUCAUCACCAAAUGUCUCAUUAACAGAGGAGUGGUAUUUAAGAUCUGAGGCUCUGAUACCAAAGUUGCUUGUCUGAAACAUCGUAUUUUUCUGUAGCCUCCUGCAUGAUUUUUGAAAAUCACCCAGCUGAUUGUGUUUACGUAUUUAUUUAUUGAGAUUCUGGCAAGUGGCUCUACUUGCACUAUUGGGUUUGAUGAAGACAGUUUAACCUAGACUUUCCUCUGUCACUGCUCAGACAGUGAAGAAUAAUGUACAUGCUAUGCAAUGCGUUUUCUUUAUGUUCUGUUGAAUAAAUAAAUGAAAAUAA